AUGGAUGGCUCACAGGCUGCCAAAUUGCCUGCAAAACCUGUUGAUAUUACACACCUUCCAAAUGAACUUUUAGUCAAAAUUUUACAUGAAUUAGAUCUUACAACAACUCAAUCAUUAUUCCAAAUUAAAGAAUUGCGGAAUAAACUCAAAGUGCAUAUGGAUAUAGUUGUUUAUUCAAAAUCAAAAUUCCAUGAUUAUUUCCAUUCAAUCCCAUUAUCAAUCAUUUAUGAAUCUAAAAGGUUUAAUCCUCUAAAUUCAACAUCUUGGAUAACUCAUUAUUGUCUCCCAAUUUAUAAAUUCUUUCAUGGCGUGGCAAGAUUACAUGUGGAGCAAGAUUAUAGAAAUUUUAAAAUCCUAACACUCGCAUCUGGUUUAAGUUCUUUAUCAUAUCAUCCUCUUGAAUACAAAUUAGUUGCUGAGUUUUUCCAACAAGUUUAUGCAAAAGUUGUUAAUUGGCCAUUAUUACAAAGAAUAACUUUUAAAAAUAUAACGGAGGUGGAGUUAUUGUAUCAAGACCUUGAUUUCAAACUUCUUGAAUUCCCUGAUGCUCUUCAAAUCAAAUUUUUAAAUUGUACAUUGGUGGAUAAUAUUCUUGAUUGGGAAGUUCAAUUCCCCAAAUUACAAGAACUCUCGUUGAUUGAUGAUGGUGCAGAGGAUAUUCUUAGCUGUGUCGAUUUCACAAGUUCACCUUUAAAGAGGUUAUAUAUGGAAUCUCUUGAUCAAAGAAUAGUUAUAAAGGAUUUGGUUUUCGGUUAUAAAACUAGUGAUUUAUCAAUAGAAACACACCAUAGAAACUAUAGACUCACAACAGCUGGUGGGUUAAGUAUAACCAAGCUUGAAAACAUCUUUAUGCCCAAUGUUAGGGAGUUGAUUGUUGAUCAAAUUUUCGAAAUUCAAAAUAUUGAUGCUCCACAACUUGAAGUUUUCGAAAUGUCUUUAAAAUACGAACAUUUAGGCUUUGUAAGAAGGGUGAAGUUGGGGAAAAUAAAUGCUCCAAAUAUAGAAGUUUUUUCAUUUGCAAAUGGUGUGAUGGAGAUUGAUCAAAAUUUUACAGAUAAUAUCCCUAUAAUUGAUAGAUUUAGAAUAACUAAUGGGAAAGUUGGGCUGGAAAGAUCAUGUAAUGACAAUUUGAAAGCUAAAUCAAUUGAAAUUUAUAUCCAACAAGGUGCUUUUGAAACAUUUGAUGCAGAGGAUUGGUUUGAAUCAAUAAACUUAUAUACCGUUGAAGGGUUGACUUUUUUCAUCAAAUUGGAGACCAAAAAACCAGCUUUAGUUACAAAUUUAAACCGAUUGGAAUUUCCCAAGUUGAAAAGUCUAUAUUUCCCAGAUUGCUCAAAAUUUGUAUCAGUUCCAGAAGUUCAAGCACCAAGUUUGGAAACACUAAGAAUAGCUCAUGCUAAUUUAUCAUUUAGAAAUUUUAAAAGAAUGGUGGAAACUUUUAACAAUUUGAAAAAUUUAGAAUUGAAAGGUGUAAUUUUUAACAAUGGGAGUAGGAACCCCUUGACAUAUUCACCUAUGGAUCGUAAUGAUCCUAGACUUGGGUUUAAAAAUUGUUCUUUACCCAAUUUACAAAGAUUUCGUAUGUCUUCAGAUAUGGAUGAAUCUAUUAGACCUGGGUUUGGGUUCCAGAAUUUAUAUGCACCGAAUUUGAAGAAGAUUGAUAUCACAUUUCCAGCAUUGAGGUCUAUUGAUUUGAAUGAGUUUCCUUUAUUAGAAGAUGUCAAGAUUGACGGUCCACUGUAUAUUGAUUUAGAACAGUUGAAGAAUCUGAAAUCUGUAUUGAUUCAAAGUGAUGUUUUGAUAGAGUUGAAACUGAAUGAGGAAAUGUUUUUAUUUCCUCAUCAAUUGACUGCAUUUCAUGUGAGAUGUUUUCCAGAAAAGAAUACUGAUGCUAUUGUAAAAUUAUUCAAGGAGAAAAAUAGGUAUAGACGUUUUAAGUUUUAG